AUGGCAGACAGGCUCAAAGCUCUGUUUAUGAACGAGGUCAAUGAUCUCAAAGUGUUUCUCACAGAAGCAGCCAGAUCAGGCACAUACUUGUACCCCUUCCAGGGAAUCCUCUAUUUCUUCUACCACCGCUCUCUCUGGCAGCCCCUCAUAUCCAAGAUCGGCCCAACAAUCACUCUCGGCCUCGCCGUAACCACCACAAUGUUCUUCUUCACCUACAUCCCCCAAGUAGCCAUCUUAGCCUUCACCAGCGGACCCCUUGCCCCAUUUUCUGCAAUCCUCCUCGUGCUCAGCGAGAGCUCCACAAUCACAAACUACCUCUCACGCAGCUUCAUCCUCCGAGAUUCCCUCGUUGAUAUCUUCGACGGCACGCUGGUUGCACGCGGAGAGACGGCGCUUGUCGCCGAGGGCCGACAGAUCAAGGGCAGCACUGCAUCAGAUCCUGUAGCACGGCUGGGAGAUGUGAUUCGUAAACCGACGAAGGUAUUCUCGUUGUCGUCGAUGAUGAGGUCGUUGAUGUAUUUGCCGUUGAACAUGAUUCCGGUGGUGGGAACGGUGUUGUAUGUUAUUUCUCAGGGGAAGAGGUUAGGGCCUGUGACACAUGAGAGAUACUUCCAGUUGAAAGGGUGGGAUGGGAAGAAAAGGGAAGCGUGGGUGUCGGCUCACAAGGCUGCGUAUACAAGUUUCGGGGCAGCGGCGUUUGUUCUGGAAAUGGUUCCCUUUGCAUCUCUGGCUUUCUCAUACACCAACACGGUUGGCGGGGCACUUUGGGCUUCCAACCUUGAGAGAUCUAUUUACAAGGCACCCACCAUGGAUCAGACGAAAAAAUUGGAGUAG